AUGGAGUUUCAGUCCACCUCGCCGACCGUCAAGUACGAGCAGUCGCCGCUCGAGGCGUACGUCCCGGCCUCGGGCGACGACCUCACGUCCCUCUUCACCCCCACCACGCCUUCCUCGGCGAGCACGAUGAACCCGCUCGAGAUGAUGACGCCCCAGUCCUACUCGGACGACAGGUCACGACUCUCGGUCGUGCCCGAGGAGAACACCGAGGAUGACCUCGACGACGAGACCCCCGCCGGCUCGGAGAAGAAGGCCAAGAAACGCAAGUCGUGGGGUCAAGUCCUCCCGGAACCCAAGACCAACCUCCCUCCAAGGAAACGAGCCAAGACAGACGACGAAAAGGAGCAGCGCCGCGUCGAGCGCGUCCUGCGCAAUCGCCGCGCCGCCCAGUCCUCGAGGGAACGCAAGCGGCUCGAGGUCGAGGCCCUCGAGAAGCGCAACAAGGAGCUCGAGACGCUCCUCCUCAACGCCCAAAAGGCCAACCUCGCCCUCGUCGAGGAGCUCAACCGCGUCCGCCGAGACUCGGGCGUCUCCACCCGAUCCUCGUCGCCCCUCGAUUCCCUCCGCGACGACCAGGUCACCCUGUCCCAGCAGCUCUUCGGCCCCCAGGACAAGCCCAAGACGCCGACGCCUCGGGUCGACGGCCUCAUCCUCUCGACGGCCAUCCCCACCGUCAACCCCGCCUCCAUCUCGCCCGAGCGCAGCCCCGUCCCCGACGCCCCGUCGGCGGCGCCGGAGAUGCCAGAUGUUGUGCGACCUGCAGUGUCAAACGUCGGCGGAGCUGCCCAAGUCGUUCCUGAACUCGCAGACUCCGGCGUCGCCCCCCUUGGCCUGGACUAUUUUCCUCCACGCGACCCUGGCUUCGGCGUCGGCCAUUCUUUCGGCAUGCCGACGGCCGCUGACGCAGAUCGCUAUGUCCUCGAGAGCGGGCUUCUCUCUUCUCCCAUCUCCUCGACUCUUGGCGACGAUUAUAUGGCUGGUGACUAUCCCGCCGGCAACGGCUUCGACUUCUUCAACAUGGACGACUUCCUCCACGACGAAGCAAACCACGUCGCCUCCGACAUUGUGGCAGCGAGCAACUUCGCCGCUGCGGACCACGGCCUCGAGCUGCACGUCCAAGAUGCUGAGAUUCAAGUCUAUUAG